UCCCACAGACGCACCAUCAGAUCUGUUUGGCAACAACACUGUGUCGUUACCUCUUAACUCCAGAUCGAUAUAUCUUCUACAAACAAUCUCUCUCUCUCUCUCUCUCUUUUUAACUGAGCACACACCGGACACUGGUCCCUUUCUCCCCCUGACACCUGGACCAACAUGAUGGUCGGAUUCCGCUGCUGUCCGCUGAUCCUGUGCCUGGCCCUGGGCUCGGUGCUCGGGCUCGGUGAGGACCUCGACCGGCCUCUGUUCGGGCCUCCGGGCUCUCCUAUCCGGCUGCAGGAGACCGACCCGGGCCUGAAGAAGGCUCUGGAGUUCGCCGAGGAGCGCUACAACCGGGGCUCCAACGCCAUGCACCUCCGCAAAGUCAGCCGACUCCUCUCCGCCACCAAACAGCUGGUUAAGGGCAUCCGCUACACUAUAACAGUGGAGCUGAGUAACACUCAGUGCAAGAAAUCCACCAUGCUCAGGACAUGUGACUUCUAUCCAGAGUCACAGAAACUCAAGACGGAGGUGUGUGUGUUCGAGGUGUGGGACAUUCCCUGGCAGGGCAGUUCAACUCUGCUCAAACAGAAGUGCCAGCCUAAAGCUGAGCCUCAACAAGAGGAGACCAACAAGGCGAUUGAUGCAUCCACCAGCGAGCCUCUGGAGGAUUCUGUGCAGCUGUUGGGUCAGUUCAAAGAGUUCAUGGUGAAAUACAAUAAGGUCUACAGCAGCCAGGAAGAGGCAGACCGUCGUCUGCGCAUCUUCCACGAAAACCUGAAGACUGCUGAGAAGCUCCAAUCUUUGGACCAAGGGUCAGCUGAGUAUGGAGUCACCAAGUUCAGUGACCUAACUGAGGAAGAGUUUCGCUCUACGUACCUGAAUGCGCUACUGAGUCAGUGGACUCUUCAUCAACCAAUGAAACCGGCCUCUCCUGCCCAAGACCCCGCCCCAGCCAGCUGGGAUUGGCGGGAUCACGGAGCCGUCAGUCCCGUUAAGAACCAGGGAAUGUGUGGAUCCUGCUGGGCAUUUUCAGUCACAGGAAACAUUGAAGGCCAAUGGUUCCUGAAGAAUGGGACGUUGCUGUCCCUCUCUGAACAAGAGCUGGUUGACUGUGAUGGGCUGGACCAGGCGUGCAGAGGAGGGCUGCCAUCAAAUGCUUAUGAGGCUAUUGAGAAGCUAGGUGGUCUGGAGUCAGAGACUGACUACUCCUACAGCGGACGCAAGCAGAGGUGUGACUUUACCACCGGGAAGGUGGCUGCCUACAUCAACAGCUCUGUGGAGCUGUCCAAAGAUGAGAAGGAAAUUGCAGCCUGGCUGGCUGAGAAUGGACCAAUCUCUGUUGCUCUGAAUGCCUUUGCCAUGCAGUUCUACAGGAAGGGUGUGUCUCACCCUAUGAAGAUCUUCUGCAACCCCUGGAUGAUUGACCAUGCUGUGCUGAUGGUGGGAUACGGAGAACGUAAAGGAAUCCCAUUCUGGGCCAUCAAAAACAGCUGGGGAGAGGAUUAUGGAGAACAGGGUUACUAUUACCUGUACAGAGGGUCCAAUGCGUGUGGGAUCAACAGGAUGUGUUCAUCUGCUGUGGUCAACUAAAGCACUAACACCUCAUAGUCUCACACACACACACACCCACACACACACACACACACACAA